CGCCGGCCCCCGGCGGAUGUGGCCCCCCGCCGGGCCGGGUGGCCACGUCCACCAAGAGAUCUUUGCCCGAAGUGGGCUUUGUGGAGGCCUGCGAGGCUGCGGGCACGGCCAGGAACGCGCGGGCCGCUGCGCCUUGGAGUCUCGGGCUCCCUUCCUCAGAAGCCCGAGGCGCAGUGGAUCUGUAUCGAGAGCUGGCCCCUCUGGGGACUAGAUUUGUAUCCGCAUCCACUGCGCUUCGGCCUUGUGGCGCCCCUUCCCGGAGGGUCCAAGACGCAGUGGAUAUGGAUGCAAAUCUUGCCCGCCGGACGCUUGCUCAGCCGUGACGCGCCGCUCGCUCUGGCCCCCCCCACGCUGGCCACGUCCCCGCUGCCGAGCGUCCACGUCCCGAGUCCCACUCCGCGCCUCCCCGCCUCUCGCGGAGCCGAGCGACGCGCAGCCCGCUCUGCAGGGCACGGCGCACCUCCGGGCUGCCCUCGAAAACCAGAUCCCCUCGGAGUGCCUCGGAACCGCCGCCGCGACGCGCGGAGAGCAGAGGCGCCUGGCCGCAGUGGCUUCCCCUCUCUCUCUCUCUCUCUCUCUCUAUCCUGAGAGCGCGCGCGCGCUCCCCCCCUAGCCUCCGCGGACGCGGUGGGCGGGCGGACGGGGGAUCGCCGAGCGCGCCGCGCUACUCGCAGCGUGCCCACUCGCAGACGUCAGACAAGCACAUCUGUGCCUCGAUGUAAUGGAUCGCAGAGCCCCCGCGGCGGCUCCAGGCGAAGAUGCCGCAGGAGGGGAAGCUGGUGGACCUGCUGAAGUUUACGCUGAAGGACAAGAACGAUUCGAUGGAGUCCCUGACCAAAACGAUGGAGGAGGUCAAACGCGGCAGAGAGGAGGCGGCCUCCCUGCACGCCACCUGCCACGUGGCAGACAGGGUCGUGCAGGUCAUGGAGAAGAAGUCGGAGGUCGCCUGCGCGGCCACGCCGCGCCCCCUUCGCGAGGUCGACGACUACCAGCAGGCCGCGAGGGACCCGGAGCAGAUGCUGCGCAGGGCCAUGGACGAUGACGACCUGGGCAGCGAGGGGAUGGCGUGCGAGGGCCUGCUGUCUUUCGUUCACGGAGUCGUCGGUGACGUUCCAGAAUUCAGCGACAUGGUCGACUGGCCGUACUUUGUCCGCAACAUCCGCCUGCCGAAGGGCCACGCGGCGGUCGCGGAGGCCACGAAGUUGAUGGCCGAGGGGGAGGAGGAGUGGGCGGGGGCGGCGCUGCGCCUCUGCCACGCGGAGGCGGACACCGUGCUGCUGCCGAAGGAGGAGCGGAUGCGGCGUGCCCAGGAGCGGCGGAACAGGCGCAUCUUCAUGAGAGCUUUCCCUGAAGUCGUGGACGGCACCACGCCCGAGCAGGUGGAGGCGGUCUUGGAGCGCGUGCAGCGGGGCGUCGCGGCGGCCCGCAGCUACGGCGGCUUGGCGGAGAAGAGCCCCGGUUUCACGGAGCUCUCGCAGCUGAUCGAGGACCUGCAAGUGCAGUCCCAGGUUCUGAGGACCGGGGGCACCGAGGGCGUCAAGAUCGACCUUCCGGCGACGGCAGCCCCAGCCUCGGCGGCCGCCGGAGUUGUCAGGGCCGCCUCCAAGUUCCUGACCGCCGCGGGCCGGCGAUAGCCGCAGCCGCGCCCUCGGCGGCCGCGCGCCGCGGCCGCCGGCGGUGGCUCGCCGACGGUUCAAGCAGUGGCGGGGUCGGGGGCGGCAGG